AUGUCCGCUCGACGGAGAUCAACAAUCCAACCCCCGGUUCUCCGCGUCCCGGUCUCACAUCCGUCAUCACAACACCGAAAUGGCCAAAAGAAAGCCAACGCCGGCCAUCCCACAUGGUCCGAUAUGGAGCAACCCGCGCCUCCACCACCUCAAGCCCCACUGCUAGCGAACCCAGCCACUCUCCGCGCGUCGAGCGAGCUCAUUACCGAACUAACAGGCUGGGCCCCGCUAACCUACGUCGACGACGUGAUCAACGCCGUGAACGACAUUGCAUACAAAGGCAUGGACUCGUUCGGCGAAUGGGUGCAGAACUGCGGGCUGGACGAGGACGAAGCCGAGAAAGGUCUGUCGGCGACCGAGACGCUACUGGAGAACAAUAUAGAUAAACAGUUUGACCGGUUCGAGCUGUUUGCGCUGAAGAAUAUAUUCAAUGUGCCUGCGCACGUGCAGAUUGUGUUGCCGCAUAAUGAGGGGUUGGAUUUUGGGGUUACUGCGGCAGAUGAGGCGAAUGCGGAUAUGGAGAUUGAGGCGCUGAGGAGACAGAUUAAGUCGGCGGAAUAUACGGUUGGGCGACUGAGGGAGGAGGUAAAGGCGACUGAACGGAGGAAUCGGGGGUUAGAGCGCAUGAAGCGGAGUAUUGAGGAGUUGGCGGAGAUUGCGCGGUCGCAUUCAGACUCGAACCUCCCCGAUUCCAUCCCCACCCUCCUCACCACCGUCCGCGAAGCCAGCAGCCUAGCAAGCACCGUCCGCACCGCCUCGGAAACCCUCUCCUUCCGCGACCUCCUCAUCCCCUCGGACCCAUCAGCCGACUCGGACGAAGCCCACGUGCGCGACGCGAUCAUAGCCGCCAUCGAGCGUCGUCGCCAAAAACAGGACGAAAUGGCGGCGAGGACUCCAUCACGACGGAAUGGCGAGUCGUCGAGGAGGAGGAGCUCGAUGGGUGUGCAGGUUAAGACGGGGAAGGAGGGGCUGGAGUGUGCGAUGGAGUAUCAUGAGCUUGUGGGAGGGAUUGGGGAUGCUGCGGAUAUAAAGGGAUGGCGAGAAUUUUUGGAAUCUGGCAGUCUUCCCGGCUCUCCAUCAGGCCAGUCACUACAGCAACCACAACCGCCGCAGACCGAAGAGCACUCAGAUUCAGAGCGAAUGUCGGAGUGA